AGAGUUUUUGGAUCCAUUCCAGAGAGUCAUCCAGCCAGAAGAGAUCUGGCUCUAUAAAAAUCCUUUGGUGCAAUCAGACAACAUACCUACCCGCCUCAUGUUUGCGAUUUCUUUCCUCACACCUCUGGCUGUUAUUUGUGUGGUGAAAAUCAUCCGGCGAACAGACAAGACUGAAAUUAAGGAAGCUUUCUUAGCAGUGUCCUUGGCUCUUGCUUUGAAUGGAGUCUGCACAAACACUAUUAAAUUAAUAGUGGGAAGACCUCGCCCCGAUUUCUUUUACCGCUGCUUUCCAGAUGGAGUGAUGAACUCAGAAAUGCACUGCACAGGUGACCCCGAGCUGGUGUCCGAGGGCCGCAAAAGCUUCCCCAGCAUCCAUUCCUCCUGUAAGUCCAUGGCGGGGAGACGCGUUCAUUCCCCGGGCUAUGUUUCCUGAUAACUUUCU